AUGUCUUUUUGCGUAAAAGCAGGAUUAUUAAUAGAUAUACCUUUGAAAUUAUGCGCUAAAGGUGAACAGUAUGCUGUUUUCAAAUUUGAAGACAUGGACUUUCCAUCUAGCAUAGUAACUUAUUCUAAAAGCAUAAUUGAAUAUGAAGCAGGAGAAAUAAAGGAUAAAUCAUGUUGGUCUUGGAUUAUGUUUUGUUCAGGAGAAGGGAAUAGUUGUCAACAUGAAUAUGGGGGAAUUGGUGAAUGUAAAGAAACAUGUGAAAACUAUUCUCUUAAUAAUAAUAUAAAGAAUUAUUGUGACAUGCAUUUAUCGCAUAAUUCAAAUAUCUCUAGAUUGAAUCUAUCACGACAAGUUAGAGAUAAUAUUAUAAUUAGCCAUAGAUCAGAUCAUCGUUCAGCUAAUUCUGUUAAAUCAAAGCUGUUGGCACCUUUUAAUGGAGCAGAAGAGAGUGAACUUAAAGAAGCAUUAAAAAAUCAAUGGCAAAUUUGCAGUGAUGAAAAACUUAGAGCAUAUUUGAUGCGUGAUGAUCGAAGAUUAAAGGAAAAUGCUGGUCCUUGGACUAUUUUGCAUUAUUUAGUCAUAGAAAUCUUAAAACCAAAGGGAUAUGUUUUAUUUUACCAACAACCUGAUUUGUCACAUUCAGAAGAAGAGAAGCAUUAUUAUCAACUUACAUUAUCUAAUGAAUUUUGA